GCCCCCUCAGCGCUUGUCCGUUCUGGCUCGCCGUCCUUCAGCAUGGCGGCCGCUUCGCUGCAGCUGAGGCUGACCCUAUCCCCGGGAGCGCGCGGCCUGCGCACCUUCUCCUCAGUCGCCAGGCCCGCGGCUCCAAGAGCCGGCCCGCUAUCCAGAGGUGAAAGGCCGAUGAGAAGAAAGGCACUGCCUCCUAGGACGGAGAAGAUGGAGACUGACCAGGACUGGCCCAGCGUUUACCCUACUGCCGCACCGUUUAAACCCUCGGCUGUUCCUCUACCUGUUCGAAUGGGAUAUCCAGUGAAGAAGGGUGUGCCCAUGGCGAAGGAGGGGAAUGUAGAGCUUCUAAAGAUCCCAAAUUUUCUGCAUUUGACUCCUGUGGCAAUUAAAAGGCACUGCGGAGUUCUAAAAGAUUUCUGCACUGAGUGGCCAGCUGCACUCGACAGUGAUGAGAAAUGUGAGAAGCAUUUUCCACUUGAGAUUGACACAGCGGAUUAUGUGUCGUCAGGACCGUCCAUUCGAAACCCCAGAGCGCGAGCGGUAACUUUAAGGGUUAAACUUUCCAGUUUGAAUUUAGACAAUCAUGCAAAGAAAAAACUUAUUAAACUUGUAGGCGAGCGGUACUGCAAGACUACUGAUGUGCUCACUAUCAAGACAGACAGAUGCCCUUUGAAGCGGCAGAACUAUGACUAUGCAAUGUAUCUCCUUACAGUCCUGUACCAUGAAUCUUGGAAAACUGAAGAAUGGGAAAAAAAUAAGACUGAGGAAGACAUGGAUGAGUAUGUGUGGGCGAAGAGCUCCUCGGAGAACAGCGUCCUCCAGACCCUGCUGCAGAUGAGAGCUGCCGAGAGCAGUGUGGCACCGAGCAGAGAAGAGCUGCUGGGGACUAAAGAGGUCGAAGAUUACCAGAAGUGUGUCGUUCGUCUCAAGAAUGAGGGGGAGAACGAGGCAAGCCUCGCUCAGUACAAAGAGUCUGUGAAGAGACUGUUAAAUUUGGCCUGAAGUCUGCACUAGAAACCUCUGUAUUAAUUUUAUAAUGUAUUUAGUCACUGGUUUGAUAUAAAUGGGAGAAUACUUAA